CGUUCAAAUGCAAUCGGAGCCGCCGACGGCGUCGAUGUCUUCGUUUUUCUCGUUCCAUCAGGACGCUCCUGAGCCGACUCGGAUUUUCGAUGAGUUGCCCAAGGCCUCCAUCAUCUCCGUCUCUCGACCUGAUGCCGGCGAUAUCAGUCCCAUGCUUCUUUCUUACACAAUCGAGUGCCAGUACAAGCAGUUUAAAUGGCGCAUGCUGAAGAAAGCUUCCCAUGUAUUCUAUUUGCAUUUUGCAUUAAAGAAACGUGCGUUCAUCGAGGAAAUUCAUGAGAAGCAAGAACAGGUUAAAGAAUGGCUUCAAAAUCUAGGAAUAGGAGAUCACACAGCAGUGCCCCAAGAUGAGGAUGGACCAGACGAUGAGGCCGAUCUUCUGCAUCAUGAAGAAAGUUCUAAAAAUAGGGAUGUUCCAUCCAGUGCUGCCCUGCCUAUUAUUCGGCCUGCCUUAGGAAGGCAGCAGUCUAUGUCUGAUAGAGCUAAGAAUGCAAUGCAAGGCUAUCUGAAUCACUUCUUGAGUAACAUGGAUAUUGUCAACUCUCGAGAGGUUUGCAGGUUUUUGGAGGUCUCUAAGUUAUCAUUUUCACCAGAAUAUGGCCCGAAGUUGAAAGAGGAUUAUAUCAUGGUGAAGCAUCUACCUAAAAUUGUAAAGGAAGACGACUCUAAAAAAUGUUUUCUAUGCCUAUGGUUUGGUUGUUGUAAUGACAAUUGGCAAAAGGUGUGGGCUGUAUUAAAACCUGGAUUCUUGGCCUUGUUGGGAGAUCCAUUUGAUACGCAACCAAUGGAUAUAAUAGUGUUUGAUGUGCUACCUACUUCUGAUGGCAAUGGAGAUGGAAGAGUAUCUUUAGCUAAGGAAAUUAAGGAGCGAAAUCCAUUAAGACAUUCAUUUAAGGUGACAUGUGGAAAUAGGAAUAUUAGGAUAAGAGCAAAGAACGGAUCCAAGGUUAAAGACUGGGUUGCAGCAAUUAAUGAUGCUGGACUGAGGCCUCCUGAGGGUUGGUGUCAUCCUCACCGUUUUGGUUCUUUUGCUCCUCCAAGGGGUUUGACUGAAGACGGUAGUAGAGCUCAGUGGUUCAUUGAUGGCCAAGCAGCUUUUGAAGCUAUUGCCACUUCUAUUGAACGUGCAAAAUCUGAGAUUUUUAUUUGUGGCUGGUGGCUUUGCCCAGAAUUGUAUCUGCGGCGUCCUUUUAUUGCCCACGCUUCAUCUAGACUUGAUUCUUUACUUGAAGCAAAAGCUAAGGAAGGGGUUCAGAUAUACAUUCUUCUCUAUAAAGAGGUUGCCCUUGCUUUAAAAAUUAACAGUGUUUAUAGCAAGAGAAAACUUCUUGGUAUCCAUGAGAAUGUGAGAGUACUACGAUACCCUGACCACUUCUCCAGUGGCGUGUACUUAUGGUCCCACCAUGAAAAACUUGUUAUUGUUGAUUAUCAUAUUUGCUUUAUUGGAGGACUGGAUUUAUGCUUUGGUCGUUAUGAUACACCAGAACAUAAAGUUGGUGAUUGUCCUCCUUCAGUAUGGCCUGGAAAGGACUACUAUAAUCCAAGGGAAUCUGAGCCAAAUUCAUGGGAAGAUACCAUGAAAGAUGAGUUAGAUCGUGGGAAGUAUCCUCGCAUGCCUUGGCAUGAUGUCCACUGCGCACUUUGGGGACCACCUUGUCGAGACAUAGCCAGGCAUUUUGUCCAACGCUGGAAUUAUGCUAAGAGAAAUAAAGCCCCAUAUGAGCGGGCGAUUCCAUUACUUAUGCCUCAGCAUCAUAUGGUCAUUCCUCAUUACUUGGGAAAUUGCGGAGAGUUGGAAGCCGAAAAGAAGGAAUUUGAUAAUUCUAAAGAAACCACAGUGCAGGAAUCAUUUUCUCGAGGAUCAUCUUUUCAUGAUAUUCCACUGCUUUUGCCUCAAGAGGCUGAUGGACAGGAUGCUCAAAAUGAAGGUUCAAAAUUAAAUGGAGUGGAGCCCAUUGCCAAUCCCCUUGAUCAGCCAAGUAAGUUGACUGGAGAUGGAAAAACGCAUUAUCGUGUCAAAAGUUCAGAUUUCGAGUGGUGGGAAACACAAGAUAGGGGACAUCAUGGUGGCUUCACGGAUGAACCUGGACAAGUUGGUCCAUGUGCUUCAUGUCGUUGCCAGGUCAUCAGAAGUGUCAGUCAGUGGUCUGCUGGGACAAGCCAAACCGAAGAGAGCAUUCACAUUGCAUAUUGCUCUCUUAUUGAGAAAGCAGAACAUUUUAUCUAUAUUGAGAAUCAAUUUUUUAUAUCGGGCCUCUCAGGAGAUGAUUUGAUACGGAAUCGUGUUUUAGAAGCAUUAUAUUGCCGUGUAAUGAGAGCCUACCGUGAAAAGAAGACAUUUAGGGUUAUUAUUGUGAUACCACUCUUACCUGGAUUUCAGGGGGGUCUUGACGACAGUGGUGCAGCAUCGGUUAGAGCAAUAAUGCACUGGCAGUAUCGAACUAUAUGCAGAGGACAGAAUUCAAUAUUGCAUAAUCUUUAUGAUCAUCUUGGCUCAAAAGUUCAUGAUUAUAUAUCGUUCUAUGGCCUUAGAGCUUAUGGUAGACUCUUUGAUGGUGGUCCUGUGGCUUCAAGUCAGGUGUACGUGCAUAGUAAAAUUAUGAUUAUUGACGACUGUAUUGCUUUGAUUGGAUCGGCUAACAUUAACGACAGGAGUUUACUUGGUUCUAGGGAUUCCGAGAUUGCUAUCGUUAUCGAAGAUAAAGAACUUAUCAAUUCAUCUAUGGGAGGACAACCAUGGAAAGCGGGAAAGUUUUGUUGGAGUCUGCGUCUCUCUCUUUGGUCUGAACAUCUCGGUCUUCGUCCCGGACAGAUUAAUCAAAUAAUUGACCCAGUUGCUGAUUCAACCUACAAGGACACAUGGAUGGCAACUGCUAAGACAAACACGACGAUAUACCAAGAUGUUUUUUCUUGCAUACCAAACGACCUCAUAAAUUUCAGAGCUGGACUGAGACAAAGCGUUUUGUACUGGAAAGAGAGACUGGGGCACACCACAAUAGAUUUAGGAAUAGCACCUGAUAAGCUUGAGUUUUAUAAGAAUGGAGAAAUUGAAAGGAUUGAUCCAACAGAGAGAUUAAAUGCAGUGAAGGGGCAUCUUGUUUCCUUCCCAUUGGAAUUCCUGAGCAAAGAAGAUUUAAGACCUGUGUUCAAUGAGAGUGAAUACUAUGCAUCUCAAGUUUUUCAUUGAAUCCAAUCUGUUCUUGUUAGGUCAUCUUGAUUAAUUUAUGGUUAAAUCUUGCAUUACACUUUAAUUUUUUCUAUCAAAAAAAUAAGAGGAGCGAUAGAGAAAGAGAGAGGCUCAUUAUAGCAGCCUUCAGAAAGGUACCUUCAUCAAAAUUAGGACUUUUUGUAAUAGUUAUUCAAUUUAUACAAGACUCUUGUCCUAAUUUGGGCAUUUAAUGUCGUUUU